AUGUCGACAAAUAGGUUUGCAGCCUCCAACGCCCAGACAUUGGGCAAUUUCUUUGACCACGCCGCCCGUGUGAUUGGAGAAGACAAUCUUUCGCGCACUCCUCAUUAUGGCUCACUCACGGACACCCAAGGCCGGGAAUCUUACGGCGAUCCAUUUACAACCGCCGCAACCCACGAGCCAAGCGGUGCUGUUCGGCCCAGCAGUGUGCAAGAAGUCCAGGAGAUCGUGAAGCUUGCAAACGUGCACAAGGUGUCUUUGUGGACAGUUUCCCGAGGAAAGAAUCUGGGAUACGGCGGAUCCAGCCCUGUUGUCAAAGGAUGCGUAGUCCUCGAUCUCCACCGAAUGAAUAAGAUCAUCGAGGUCAACGAAGAAUAUGGGUAUGCGAUCGUGGAGCCGGGUGUAUCUUUUUUCGACCUUUACGAGGAAAUCCAACGAAGGGGGCUGAAACUCUGGCCAUCGGUUCCGGCAAUUGGAUGGGGCUCUGUUUUGGGAAAUACCAUGGACCGGGGCUUUGGUUAUACGCCUAAUGGAGAACAUUCGCAGUCGCAGUGUGGACUGGAGGUUAUUUUGCCGAAUGGCGAUUUGCUUCGGACGGGCAUGGGAGCGAUGAAGGACAAUAAAGCAUUUCCGCUAUACAAGGGAGGCUUUGGACCCAGCCUUGACGGUCUUUUCUUCCAAUCUAACCUCGAAGCAGGCGUCGUCACCAAACUCGGUAUCCACAUCACCCCCGCCCCAGAAGCCUACGCCACUGUUGAAGUCAGCGUACCACAAGAAGAAGACCUUGUCCCUCUAGUCGGGAUUCUGUCAGACCUGAUGCGCCGCUCCAUUAUCCUCAACUCGCCCUCCAUUGCCAACAUAUUCCGCAUCGCCCUGACGUCUAAAGUGCCCGAGGUGCUUGCAAAACUCGCCCAGUACAUGAAACCCAACUCCUAUGUGCCCUACGCGGCGUUAGACGAAAUCCGCGCGCAACAAAAUUGGGGUUUCUGGAAAGCAUACUUCUCGCUGUACGGAUCGGUCGAAAUGCUCCCUGCGCUCCUGAAGACCAUCCAGCGCGAAUUUUCCAUGAUCCCGGGCGUGAAGAUCGAGUGGCGUGAGUUCCCUGGAUCUCCUGGACGCACCAUUACCACCGCCCAGAUCAAAGAAGAAGAAAUCCCGCACAGCGGUAUCCCAACUCUUGCCCCGCUGGGGAUCAUCAACAGUCGAUCGGAAAAGGGCGGCGGACACAUCGACUACUCGCCCAUCAUCCCUCCGUCCGGCCGUGAGCUAUACGCAUGGUAUCUCACUGCGAAGCAGCGCACCAUCGAUGCCAAGUUCGACUUCUUCGCCGACUUUCAUGUCUACCCGCGCUAUGUGGUUGGCAUCGAGUUAAUGAUUUACACGCUCGGUGAGGAAGCGCGCAUUCACGAGCUGUGCAGGAAUCUGCUACAUGAUGGCGCGCAGCAGGGGCAUAUGGAGUACCGCACGCAUGUGCGGUAUAUGGACCAGGUUGCGGCCAAGCUGGACUUUAACAAUUCUGCGUUCAAGAGGUUUACGGGAUUCAUGAAAAAUGUGCUGGAUCCGAAUGGGGUGUUGUCUCCGGGGAAGUCUGGUAUUUGGAAUGAGGGGAUUUCGCAGGUGAAACCGAAUCGACACAUCUAA